UCCAAAUUACUCUUUCUGGUGGAUUCCGGAAAUCUGGUGGAUUCCAGAACUUUUAUCUAAUAGGAUUAGCGUUUGCUUUUCCUUCACGCUUCCGUUCUGCGUCAGUUGGUAUCAGAGCAGGUUUCUCCUGUUCUUUUCUAACGUGAUCAGAUGGGAGAUCAACCGGUGACGAAAGCAGAGUUUUACGGUGCCAUGACGGCUUUAACCGCGGCCAUCACAGCUCUGACAACACAGGUGACAAAGUUAUCCAACAACACCACCACUCAAAAAACUCAAUUCAAUUCCUCCGCCACCGCCUCUCUCACCAUGGCCGCCGCCAACGAUCCAAACAACCAAACUCAGAUGGCGUUAAUUCUCGGCCAAGAUUCCACUCACUUCGAAUCCCUAAUUACAAAUCUCAUGUCAACCUCCAACGACCACCGUUCCCAAGCCGAAAAUCUCUUCAAUUUAUGCAAACAAACUUACCCUGAUUCCUUGCUGGAUAUUGAAGAUGAUCCUGCUUGGCAUGCUGCACUGACCGAGGAUGAGGAUGCUGGUGAGACUACUAACUAUGGAUUUGGACAGGAAUGUUUGGACAGACUUUCAAUUUCUUUGGGUGGGAACACGAUUGUGCUAGUUGCGUCUGAGUUGUUACCGACUUACUUGGUUUCCCCUGAAUGGCAAAAGCACAAUGCUGCGCUCGUUGCCAUCGCACAAAUUGCAGAGGGUUGUUCAAAAGUAAUGACAAAGAAUCUGGAGCAUGUAUUGUCAAUGGUUUUGAAUUCAUUUUCUCACCCACACCCUAGGGUGCGAUGGACGGCUAUAAACGCAAUUGGGCAGUUGUCCACAGAUUUAGGGCCAGACUUGCAAGUUAAAUAUCACCACUUAGUGCUUUCGGCAUUAGCUGGUGCCAUGGAUGAUUUUGAAAAUGCUCGAGUACAGGCUCAUGCUGCUUCUGCAGUGCUAAACUUCAGUGAGAAUUGCACCCCAGAUAUUCUAAUACCUCGUUUGGAUGUGUUGACACGAGACAGGUCCUCUCACUUCAUUCAAUGGGAUCCAGGAGGGUGGUCUCUUGUUCAUUGGAGGAGUCAACCUGCAAAGGAAGCUCUUUAUCAAGACGAGAACUCGGGGACGAGUUCUUUUGAGUUUGCUUCUUGA